AUGUUGCAGUGCAGCCAAGUGGCGCUCAGGGCCCCCAUAAGGGCGCCCAACGCCAUAACAGUAGCAAAAUCACUUCGAAUUGGACCUUGGAGACCCUACCCUCAACUUCUAAAGACCUCUAGGACCCUCCAGAACUUGAGAAAAUUUAGAGAACCCUACUGUCCCUCAAUUUACCAAAUCUUAAGGAGAAUUGGACCAGUUGCGUACGAGUUGUCCUUGCCUCCUCAACUGUCCAAUCUUCAUCCAGUCUUCCACGUUUCUCAACUCCAGAAGUAUAUAAUCGACCCUUCUCAUAUACUGAACGUCCAUCUUCGUCAAGACCGAACGCUGGAGAUGCAACCUAUUCGUGUUGAAGACAGCCGCACCAAGUAUUACAAGGGGAAAGCCAUCAGAUUAGUGAGAGUGGUGUGGGAUGAGAAGACGGGCGACUCCACGUGGGAAGUGGAAGAUGCCAUGAGGGACUUGUAUCCUCACCUGUUUUUGGGUAAGUCUUAA